UAAAUUCGCUUUUGUAAUUUUCACUGCACUGCGUGAUACAGAAUCGACUCCCAGUCCUGAUGUGUUGAAAAAGAACAAACCCCUGAAUGACUAGUUCGAUAGCGGUUUUGUGGUAUAACAGAAAGAGUUUAAUAUAAAUAAUAUGAAAUUCAUGAUAACAAAGAUUGAUUACCUGAUGUUACGCUCUUGUGACACACGAAACAAGUGAUGAUUGAUUCUGUGACGCACAACUGCUCUUUUUCUGAAUGUAUCAUUCCUGUUGCGGUAGACGCAAGUACUCAUGUUCAUGUGGAUAAACUCUUGGUUUGCGAAUUAAAUGUAUAUUAUUGCACAAACAUUGCUUAUACAGGUGAUUGAUAAACCCAAAACAAGUCAUAGAUAGCGACAGUAUCAUAUUGUGCUGAUAAAGUUAUCAAGAACUUAUCUGAAGGUGAAGAAAUUGGGCGAUAGAGUUGCAACAUAACAUUUAUUUCUUGAUUUAGUUAUGUUAUUAAAACUUUAUCAAAACUUCCAAUGUUUGACAGUUCCAAAAGCGUGGAUAAUAUUCUGUAAUUUAAUAUGCCUUUUGACAAGGAGCCUGUACAAAAACGUCUGGUAUCAAAUAUGAAUAAAUCAGUGGAAAAUUUAUUGAUAUCUAGCCAUGAAGUAAUUAGUAGUAUCAAUUCUUCAGGCUUGAGUAAUCAAAAUACAAUGGCAAACUUAGGAAAUGCAACAGUAGAUAAUGUACAAGAGACAACUGUUGGUUCUGGUAUUGAUCGUAGUAGUCCUGUAUCCAGUCCCAACUUGUCUCCACGUCCUAGUCCAAGAGCUCAUUCCAGACGAGAAUAUUCUAGAUUAAAUUCUGACUUUGCUGUAAAAGAUGCUGUUAAAGAUUCAGGUCGUGCUAAUAAGCUAGAAGAUCAGUCUCAGGAAGUGAUAAAUAGAUCAUCUGAUUCAGCUGAGCUUAGCAAGAGUUCUACUCAUGAAGGUAAAAAAGAGACACGCAGUAGUGAUCGGAGUAAAAAAAAAUCAUCCUGGUAUAAUGUACUUUAUCCAACUUAUAAGUCUCGGUCUGAGGACUUCAAGCGAAUAUUUAAAAAUGUACCAGAUGAUGAAAGAUUGGUGGUAGAUUAUUCUUGUGCUCUGCAGCGUGAAAUAUUAGUACACGGUAGACUCUAUGUAUCUCAAAACUAUGUGUGUUUUUAUGCUAAUAUAUUUAUGUGGGAGACAUUGGUCUCGUUACGUUGGAAAGAUGUUACAUCUAUUACCAAAGAGAAAACCGCGCUUGUUAUUCCAAAUGCUAUCCUGAUAUGCACCGUUACUGACAAGUUCUUCCUAACAUCGUUUGGAGCAAGAGAUAAAACAUAUGUGAUGUUAUUUCGUGUUUGGCAAAAUGCUCUCAUUGGCGAGCCAAUGAACAUGGCUGAAAUGUGGCAGCUUGUACAUGCUUGUUACGGUGAUGAAUUAGGUCUGACAUCUGAUGAUGAAGAUUAUGUGCCACCAUUAUCUACAGCAGAUGAAGAAAAACUCUCAACUCGUCUCUCUGUAGAAUCCUUUUCCGAGGUAAUAGAACAAGAUUUUUUUUAACAAGUGGAGAAAUUCACUUUCAUAAGUUUUAAAACUAACAACAAUUUAAAGGUAAUUGAGCCUUAUGCUGGAUGUUUAUUGCGAAAUGAAUACACACGCGCGCACGCACGCACGCACGCACGUACACACUAUAUAUAUAUAGUUAAUAUAUAUAUAGUUAAUUAAUAAAUGUGAUCCAAUGAGCACGCGAGAAGAGUUAAUCCGGACUCUGUAGACAUAUACGCUUAUCAGCUGUAAAGAAAGAUGGCUUAUUUCAUUCAACGUCCUAGCAACGAGAGAUGAAGUAAACAAGCAAGCGCGACGUGUGACAGCUUCUUGCGAUCAGCUGAUAUUCGGCGGUACGGAAAAAGCAACUGAGAAGAUUGAGAAGGUUGCUAUCCGCGAGGAAAUAAGGAAAUAAUAGCGCUCUCAUUUCUUUCUGUCACGAAAAAGAUAUUACUAUUAAUUGAACGAGUAGAUGUCUGUCUUGAUUUUCUGUAUCACAUGCUUUCUUUGUAUCACGUGCUGCUGUUCGCUGCGUUACACCGCCGUGAGAAUCAUUAUCGCGAGCAAGCAGCCUUCUUAUCCCUUUGCUGCUUUUUCUGUAUCGCUUAAGGGGAUCCUAAACUGAAUCUGUUUUAUCGACUGAAUUUACAGCGUAUGGCGUCAGAUCGUAGUGCUAAUUCUUUAAUAUAAAAAGUUGUGCAGUUUGUACGUA